CUCAAUUUUUGGAAAUUCUUUCUUUCCAGUUUCGAUCUCUCUUUUUCAAAAUUCAAACCUAGAAAUUUGCGCCAGGUUUCUUCGAUCCAAAAACUCUCUCUCUCUCUCUCUCGCUCGCCGCUUUCCUUUUACUGAAUUCGUGAAGGCACAUCUGGGAAUCAGAAGCUGCAAUUCAGGACAUAUCUUGAUGGAGGUUACACUGAAAGUUUAACAAGUUUAAGGACAGAUGGGUGUCCCCUUUGUUUAUUUUUCUGUGAACUUGCAGAUUUAAGGGUAUCCUUGUAAGUUCAAAGAAAUCAACAGACAACAUACCCAUCCUGCACAGCAGAUCUACCAGCUAAAUACAGCGGCAGUUCUAAUUGACUGUAUCAUCGUGAUAGUCUUGAGUGUGUGCAUACUCUGCCAGAUGCUAAUUGGUUGACUAGUUCAUAUUCAGUUUCAGUUAUAUUGAUCUCAAUUCCACAUGGAUGCAGAAUCACAUAGUAUUUCCCAGGAGUCGGAGUUCACAGAGCUUGCCCCAAUGAACAGUGUAGUAGUUCACCAUUUUGACCAGCUGGAGGGACAUUGUGCCCUAUGCAGGAGAAUCUUUUCUCCAGAUGAUGAAGUUAAUGAGGGCUUUGAAACAGAUAGCCUGUGCGGGGACUGUAAGCGUAUGUUUCUUGAAGAUAUUGACACAAACAUACGAGAUUCUCAUCAUAGUAGUUCAGAAGGGGGAAGAGCUGGGUACAGCAGGAGUUCCGAGUCUGCUGAGGAUCUGUUUUCGCAACAGUUCUCUCAUCUGAUUAAUUUGGUCAGGCAAAAUCAGUAUUCUGUCCCCAUUUCUUCCUUGGAACAUGAGGUUCAACUUACUGAUGGUGAUACUGCCACAAGGGUGGUGCAGCGUACAAGCUCACGAACUACUCCAAGUGGGUCUAGGAGAUGGAGGAGAGUGCUGUCUGACAAUGAAAGUGAAGUUUUUGAUAACUUGGAUUCUGUUUUUGGGGAGAGUGAAUCCAAUGUAAGCUUUAGUGGAUAUGGAGCUUUCCAUUCUGAGAGUGAUGCAAUUUCUUUCAGUGCUUACGGUGGGGAAUCAGAUGCUUCCGUGGAUGGUCAUGGUUUACUGGAUAGAGAGAUGUUCAUCCAACCAGGUGAUGGAAGUGAUAUUGACAGUGAUACUGAUAUAGACCCAAUGCAUGCUGGACUAAACCAAUGGAAUUUAGAUGACCCAGAAGAUGGUGAAUGGGAAGAAGCUGAUGCUGAGGGAAGCACUGUUGAGACUACUGAAGCAGAAGGUUGGAUCCAAGAUGCUCUCAUUAGGAGUCCAAUUGAAAAUAAUGGCCCCAUAAACUGGCUGAGAGGGAUUCAGUCGCCUGAAAGUGGGGGAUUGAUUCAUUGGAGAAUCCGUCAAAGUAGACGUACAUACAUCCCUGACGUCUUCACAAACUUGGAGGAUGAUUCAGAGGUACAACCCUACUACAUAGGGAAUCCCGGUGACUAUCUUGAUACAAGAGGCUUUGAAGAACUUCUCGAGCAACUUGCAGAGACUGACGGCUUCAGACGAGGGGCACCUCCAGCAUCUGCAAACUUUGUGGAAUGUCUACCUCUCAUGGUCAUAAAUAAGGAACAUGAGAAGCAUGGGAGUUUGGUCUGUGCAGUGUGCAAAGAUUCCAUACCCAUUGGUACUGAAGCUAACCAACUCCCCUGCAUGCACCUGUACCAUCCUAACUGUAUCUUGCCGUGGUUGAGUGCUAGGAACUCAUGCCCUCUUUGUCGUUUUGAGCUUCCAACUGAUGACAAGGAUUAUGAGGAUGGGAAGCACAACACUGUUAGUAGAGUAGGAAUUCAUGAGAUCCAGCCUCAGGACCAAGGCAAUGAAAGUUCCUCUGAUAUCUCCAGUGAUUCUGAGACGGAUGAACAAAGUGAUAUUAGUAAUGGAAGAACUGAGAGAGGAGAAUUGGUCAGUGGAGAAUAUGCUACUGAUACCUCUGGGAGGGAGAGAAGAAGAGGAGGGUGGUUUUUCUUUGCUGCGGCUCCAAUUGUCAGCCUUGUUGGUAUUGUUCUUGUUUUGUGGUUCCGGAACCCUCUUGUGGAGAGAAGAGGAACAAGAGGACGUUGUGCCUUCCCUGAGCAGGUUCAGCAACAUGUUGGUAGGACCCCUAUGCAUGAGCAGAGAGGGAAUAGGAGCAGGAGAUGGUGGCCAUUCUUCUAGUAAGUUUUGUGAGUAAAGCUUUAUUUGGCCUGGGAUCACUGAUUGCCAAAUAUAUAUAUUUUUAAUGCCGGUUGGGGUUAGUUAUUUGAUUUGCAUCCAUAACGUUCAGAUUGAGGUUUUCUGUGUCUUCUUCUGUCAUGUAUUUAUAUUGUGUGGGAGGAAGCUUCAACCGUUUUGGUUCUUAUGGAGUUGGACCACUCUCUCUCCUGUUUGUGUAUCCAUUUUCUCAAGUGUUUGUGUAUAUAUUCUCAAUCAAUGACACAUCAAAAACUCUCUUAAGAGUUGGGACAAAG